AUGGGGAGAGAGGACAAGUUGUAUUUGAUUCGCAAGAAUUUUGGAUGUGAUGAGACCUUCUGGGCGGAAUUAAAAAAUCUUGAAGGACAGCUUUGUUAUUUUCAAGAUCAAAAAAGAAUAAUUGGUAAAUUUUAUUUGUUUAAAGUUAAAGAUUUUGUUAUCGUAUAUAAAAAUAGCGACAAAGAACAUACAACUACUCGAGAGUUUUUUCUGAAAGAAUUACAGCUAAUGGGACUCGAAAUAGAAUCGGUCAUAAAUUGCAAAUAUUUUAAGGAAAAUUCUACAUUCGAAAGGACAUUUGUAAAAAUAUUUACACCAUUUGAAAUAAUGUGCAAAUACGCAGAACUAAUGAAAUUUCCAAUAUCAGUCGAGGUUUGGCAUUGCAAUUUCAUGUUCCAGUCGCGGACGAGUUACCAAGGAAAAACUUUAAUCAAAAGGUUUAGAUCGGAUUCUGCUUUUUCUGUCAAAGGAAUCUUGCGCAAAUCAUGGGCGUCAUUCAGCAAAAUUUAUUCUAAGCAGCCCCUCAAAUAUAUUCGGCACUAUUUCGGGGAAAAUGUAGCUAUGUAUUUUUCGUGCGACUAUUGCACUGAAAAUAAAAUUGGAUAUUUGUUUGACAACGACGGGACAAUUUUGUAUUCUGUGUUUAUCACAAUUUCGGGUAAUUUGUUGCAUUUUUAUGUUGUUAAUGUCUUGAUCUCUGGGAUUUCUGUGAUUGUGUAUCGCUCUACGAUUUCCGCCGUAAUUGCAAAAAACAACAGUAACGUCCACAAGUGGUCGCGACUGAUUGCUUCCUUAACAGGAGCGACGAUAAGUUUUAUAAUCAUAAAAUUGUUGAGUCUUGUUUACAUGAUACUUGCAAAGAAACUGACUCAAUGGGAAAAUUUUGAAAACAAUUAUGCAGUAAAAGGAUUCAUAUUUCAAUUUGUCAAUUUUUGUUCUCCUUUAAUCUACAUUGCAUUCUUCAAGGGAAGGUUUACUGGAUACCCAGGACACUACAACAAAAUUUUUGGGACUAGAUUGGAACAAAAAUCUGGGAAAAAAAUUAUUUUCUUGCCGAAUAUCCCGGACUGUUUGACGAAUAUUUGGAAAUGGGUGAAAAUCACUUUUAAUUCGCUAGUUUUGCAAUUUGGAUUAGUUACAAUGUUCGCAAUGGCAUUACCGAUUCUGCCUCUUUUUUCUCUGAUCAACAACAUGCUCGAAAUCAGAAUUGACGCUUUCAAAUUUAUGAAUUUCUACAGACGACCAAUUGCAGAAAGACGCAAAAAUAUUGGAAUUUGGAACGAAAUUCUGAACAUUUUAGUCAGGAUGAGCGUCCUAGUUAACGUAGUAGUCUGA